AUGGAAGAGGUUCAUUCCUUUGGUACACAAGCCGAUCGGCCACGUAAAAGGCGUCGUCGCACUAUGGCUUGUACUCAGUGUCGCAGUCGCAAAUUACGCUGCGACCGAGAGUAUCCCACCUGCGGCCGCUGCCUGAAAAGCAGAGCGCCCACCAAAUGUACCUACGAGGAUGGCUUCCUAUGGCAGCAACCAACCACUGUGACAACUACAGCAUUUAAUCCAGACCGAGGAUCCACAGUAUCAAUGCCCCGGAAUGAUCAGACUCCUCUCCAGACACCCCCGGACUCGGGGUUAGGGGCGCCGUCAAUUCGGUCGGACGCACUUCUUUCGACAACCGCGCCCGGCUCGGGCCCAAACCCGUCGGAUGCUCCUCACGGUCGGGGAAAACAUGGGAGAGAGCGUCGUGAUUGUUUCUUAGAAACCGUGCUGGGGGCUCCUAAAGCCGCUGUUAAUCAAGAGCCUUACGUGAAUACGGGCCUGUUGCAACGUCCUAGACGUCUGUUGCCGGAACCCGAGGUAACCUUCUCCUCGCAGAUCGAUACUCACGAUAUUAUCGAUGAGGGCGACCUUGAUGACCCCUUAACCCCAACCAAUCAGUUAGAUAUUGCCCCUCGCAUCAUGAUGAGAGGUCGCGAAACGAAGACUCGUUUUAGUGGCUCGGGGAUAUAUGCCAAUUUGGUGGCUCAGGUAUGUUAUUGUUCCCUGACAUCAGGUCAUUCGCCGAGGACAUUCGGUUGUCAAACCCAAUCCUGUCUAGGCUUCGUCCAGAUCUGGAGCGAGUCAAACGAGGAUUGUGGAAGAGGAGACCCCUCAAUGAACCAAUCCCAGAUCCAACUACUGUUUUCUCUCAUCGCUCUCCUACCCACACGGGCAGUUGCCGAUGAACUCAUCAGCUUGUACUUGACAUACAUCGAAUCCACCCACCGUAUCAUGCACGUUCCUACUUUCCUUCAGGCCGUGGAUGAAUUUUGGGCAAGCUCCGAUAACCCAACCAUCCACUCGGCUGCCUUUGUCGCCCAAAUCCUUUUGAUCCUUGCCUGCGCCUGGAACUUCGCCGAUGUACCUAGUUUGCAAGAGAAGAGCCCAACACCUCUUCACUGUCAUACCGCUCUAAUGUGGGUGCUCCAUGCGGAGAAGUGGAUCAACAAUGCCCAUAUCAAGCGACCGGAGAUUAAUACCUUGCGUCUGUAUAUCUUGUUGAUCACUGCUCAGAACUCCUUUGGCAUCAAACGCAGCCAGGCAUGGUUGGCCACAAGUCACCUGGUCAAGUCGGCCAUGAUGGCUGGGUACCAUCGGGAUCCAAGUAAGUAUGCUCGGAUCUCCACUUUUAACAAGGAGAUGCGCCGGCGCAUCUGGAUUACGAUCGUGGAGCUGGACCUUCAGGUCGCCAUUGAUCGAGGCAUGCAACCAAGUGUUCAGCCUCUGGACUAUGAUACCCUUCCUCCAUUAAAUAUCAAUGACAGUGAGCUUCAUGAAGGCACCGUCGAGCCACCGGCAAGCCACCCGAUCAGUGAAACUACCGAUUGCUCUUUCCAAACGGCUCUUGGCCGCUCGCUCGCUAUCCGUCUGAAAGCCUGUUCACUCAUGCAUUCGCCGCGGAUUAGCUGUCGAUAUGAAGAGAUCCAAAAGCUUGAUUGGGAAUUGACUCGUCAUCUCUCUCAGAUUCCCGGAUGGCCCUCUGCCGAGGCGAACGGUCCUCUGGCACAGCAAAAGGUGGCGUUGUGGAAAUCAUUGAUGGAGAUUAAGCUGGCACAGAGUCUUCUCUCUGUUCACACACCUUUUGCCAUUGAGGCACGCCGCGAAGCCCUAUUUGCAGCGUCGGCGCGGUCUCGCUUGGAUGCAGCUGUCAUGAUUCUCUCGACUCAACGUCGCCUUCAUGAGACAGCACCUCUCUUGUCGCUAUGUGCUCUCGGCGAGUGGACCAUCCAGGCUUACAUUUCCAUCUGCCAAGUAUUACAUUCAUUAGAUAGUCACACACCCAAUGGCCUCUUCCCGUCAACGUCGACAUUUCAACUUACCGCUCUACCCGGCAUCCCCGAUUCUCUUAUGUCACUCGUUGAAACCGCCCUCCUCGCCCUCGAAGUCCGCUUCCUGUUAAUUGUGAAGGGUGCCAAGGACUAUUUCUUCCUAUCAACCAUUAGCGCAUUAGUCAAAGCCAAACUGUGGCCCGCACAAGCGAUUAUGUAUAAGCAACAAGUCGUCGAGCGAGUUCUAUCAUUCGCCCAGACAUUGUUCACGCGACACGCAACUUGCGAGCAUCUGGGAAAUCCGGGGAUGGGUAAUUUUAAGGAUAACCAGGUGUCUGCUUUUCUCUCCACACCGGGAAUGGCGCCCGUCAUUCCGGAGUUUGAUGGGAUGAUCCCACCGCCAGAUCUUGGCGUCACGCCGCCCGGGGAUUUCGAUCCCUUUUUGGAUGUGUUCGAUUGGGAGGAUCUGACUGCAAUGGCGGCGAUCUAA